AUGGCCAGUAACAGAGUCUAUCACUUUGUCAAAACACUCCUCUACCCCGGAGGUAAGACAGUCUGAACCUCUCUGACUGGCUCUAUAGAGUUAUUCCUAACCAUGUGGCCUGACCAGGAAACACUCUGGGGCUCAAGUAAAGUUCUCAGUGGAUGUUGUUAAGUAUAUUUAAUUGAUUAAUCUGUUAUUAUCAAUGCUUUUAGUGCAUACAACUAAUAUGAUAGUUUGAUAUUUGCAUUGACUGUAAAAUUACUUUUAUAUAUAUAUAUAUAUUUGUAGUUUUCUCCUAUAUGUAAUGAAACCAGUAAGAUAGGACUAGAAGUGUUGUUGCCUCCGGCCAGAAUGUGGUGUGAUGAGGUCCAGAGAUAACUGUAUGAGGAUAUCGUCAGCUGAUCCCUCUGUUAAUCCAAUUGUCUGACUCACAUGCAAUCUCUGCCUGACCUAGAUUUCAUUAAAACUAUCUUUAAAAAUGGCAGCAGGGUCUUUAAAGUUGACAAAAUGUUAGUCACAUAUCUGUGACAGUGGAGGCUCCUCAGAGGAGGAAAGGGUGGACCAUCCUCCUCAGUUAAUUUCAUAAAAAUAUAAAUAGUGAAACAUUUAAAAAGUUAUCCUUUUUAGAUAAAACUGUACUAAUUAUAUUCACGUCACCAAAUAAUUGAUUAAAACACACUGUUUUGCAAUGAAGGUCUAUCGUAGCAUCUACAGCACUCUAUAGGGUAGCACCAUGGUGUAGCCGGAGGACAGCUAGCUUCCGUCCUCCUCUGGGUACAUUGACUUCAAUACAAAACCUUGGAGGCUCAUGGUUCUCACCCCCUUCUAUAGACUUACACAGUAAAUAUGGCAACUUCCGGAGGACGUCCUCCAACCUAUUAGAGCUCUUGCAGCAUGAACUGACAUGUUGUCCACCGAAUCAAAGGAUCAGAAAAUUAAUCUACACGACAUGACCAAAAGUAUGUGGACACCUGCUCGUCGAACAUCUCGUUCCAAAAUCAUGGGCAUUAAUAUGGAGUUGGUCCCCACUUUGCUGCUGUAAUAGCCUCCACUCUUCUGGGAAGGCUUUCCACUAGAUGCUGGAACAUUGCUGCGGCGACUUGCUUCCAUUCAUAAUAUGCCAUUUAGCAGACGCUUUUAUCCAAAGCGACUUACAGUCAUGUGUGCAUACAUUUUUACGUAUGGGUGGUCCCGGGGAUCGAACCCACUACCCUGGCGUUACAAGCGCCAUGCUCUACCAAUUGAGCUACAGAGGACCACAUUCAGCCACAAGAGCAUUAGUGAGGUCACUGAUGUUGGGCGAUUAGGCCUGGCUCGCAGUCGGCAUUCCAAUUCAUCCCAAAGGUGUUUGAUGGGGUUGAGGUCAGGGCUCUGUGCAGGCCAAUCAAGUUCUUCCACACCGAUCUCGACAAACCAUUUCUGCAUGGACCUCGCUUUGUGCACGGGGGCAGGAAAGGGCCUUCCCAAAACUGUUGCCACAAAGUUGGAAGCACAGAAACGUCUAGAAUGUAAUUGUAUGCUGUAGCGUUAAGAUUUCCCUUUACUGGAACUAAGGGGCCUGAACCAUGAAAAACAGCCCCAGACCAUUAUUCCUCCCCCACCAAACUUUACAGUUGGCACUAUGCAUUCGGGCAGGAGCGUUCUCCUGGCAUCCGCCAAACCCAGAAUCCUCCGUCAGACUGCCAGAUGGUGAAACGUGAUUCAUCACUCCAGAGAACGCAUUUCCACUGCUCCAGAGUCCAACGGCGGCGAGCUUUACACCACUCCAGCCGUCGCUUGGCAUUGUGCAUGGUGAUCUUAGGCUUGUGUGCGGCUGUUCGGCCAUGGAAACCCAUUUCACAAAGCUCCCGAAGAACAAUUAUUGUGCUGAUGUUGCUUCCAGAGGCAGUUUGGAACUCGGUAGUGAGUGUUGCAACCAAGGACAGAUGAUUUUUACGCGUUACGCGCUUCAGCACUCAGCUGUCCUGUUCUGUGAGCUCUUGUGGCCUACCACUUCGCGGCUGAGCCGUUGUUGCUCCUAGACGUUUCCACUUCAGAAUAACAGCACUUACAGUUGACGAGGGCAGCUCUAACAGGGCAGAAAUUUGACAAACUGUUUGGAAGGUGGCAUCCUAUGAUGGUGCCACAUUGAAAGUCAUUGAGCUCUUCAGUAAGGCCAUUCUACUGCCAAUGUUUGUCUGUGGAGAUUGCAUCGAUUUUAUACACCUGCCAGCAACAGGAGUGGCUGAAAUAGCCGAAUCCACUAAUUUGAAGGGGUGUCCACAUACUUUUGUAUAUAUAGUGUAGUACUGAAAGCAUAAGCUACAGCUAGCACUGCAGUGCAUAAAAUGUGAUGAGUAGUUGACUCAAAGAGAGAGAAAUACAUUAGUUGAACAGUUUGGAACAAAGCUAAGAGAGAGAGAGAGAGAGAGAGAGAGAGAGAGAGAGAGAGAGAGAGAGAGAGAGAGAUAUUUAGUUUGAUUUUAUUUCUUCUUUCACUUAGCUAGUGAAUGCAGCUAGCUAGUUUAACCUACUCAAACACCUGGCUCAAACAGAGAGGGAUGCUAGCUAUGGCUAUGACAGCUAGUUCACCUGUGAAAGUCCUUGAGUCGCAGACCUGGGCUCUGUUACAAUAGCAGGACACACACACGCACGCGCACGCACGCACGCACGCACGCACGCACGCACGCACGCACGCACGCACGCACGCACACACACACACACACACACAGGCUCUUUGGCUGUUUGCCUUGUUUCAGUUGCUCAGAUCACCUUUCCUCAGCUCUGACUGUGUGUUGUGCAGACUGCAGUGUGCUCUGAGCCUGUGAAGCUAAUGUGUGCUCAGGGAUGGAAUUUAAGAAUUUUGGGCAUUGGCCAGCCAGGUUAGUAGAUUGCCAUUUUUACUAGCCCAGGUCCAAAAUCUGUGUCAUGCAAUAUUUGAAAAGACACAAUUUCUCUAGACGGCAGGCUAGUUUGGUACGGUCUGAACAGUACUAGCCUCGGGCUAGCUGGCUAGCUUAAUAUCCAUCCCUGGGUGUGCUCCUCCUUGAAGUCAGAAGUUUACAUACACUUAGGUUGGAGUCAUUAAAACUAUUUUUUCAACCACUCCACACAUUUGUUGUUAACAAACUAUCGUUUUGGCAAGUUGGUUAGGACAUCUACUUUGUGCAUGACACAAGUAAUUUUUCCAACAAUUGUUUACAGACAGAUUAUUUCACUUAUAAUUCACUGUAUCACAAUUCCAGUGGGUCAGAAGUUUACAUACACUAAAUUGACUGUGCCUUUAAAGAGCUUGGAAAAUUCCAGAAAUUGAUGUCAUGGCUUUAGAAGCUUCUGAUAUGCUAAUUGACAUCAUUUGAGUCAAUUGGAGGUGUACCUGUGGAUGUAUUUCAAGGCCUACCUUCAAACUCAGUGCCUCUUUGCUUUACAUCAUGGGAAAAUCAAAAGAAAUCAGCCAAGACCUCAGAAAAAUGUAUGCAAUCACUAACUGUAAGUCGCUCUGGAUAAGAGUGUCUGCUAAAUGACUAAAAUGUAAAAUGUAAAUGUAAAUGUAAAAGAAUUGUAGACCUCCACAAGUCUGGUUCAUCCUUGGGAGCAAUUUCCAAAUGCCUGAAGGUACCACGUUCAUCUGUACAAACAAUAGUAUGCAAGUAGAAACACCAUGGGACCACGCAGCCGUCAUACCGCUCAAGAAGGAGACGCGUUCUGUCUCCUAGAGAUGAACGUACUUUGGUGCGAAAAGUGCAAAUCAAUCCCAGAACAACAGCAAAGGACCUUGUGAAGAUGCUGGAGGGAACAGGUACAAAAGUAUCUAUAUACACAGUAAAACUAGUCCUAUAUCGACAUAACCUGAAAGGCCACUCAGCAAGGAAGAAGCCACUAAUCCAAAACCGCCAUAAAAAAGUCAGACUACGGUUUGCAACUGCACAUGGGGACAAAGAUCGUACUUUUUGGAGAAAUGUCCUCUGGUCUGAUGAAACAAAUAUAGAACUGUUUGGCCAUAAUGACCAUCGUUAUGUUUGGAGGAAAAAGAUGGACGCUUCCAAGCCGAAGAACACCAUCCCAACCGUGAAGCACGGGGGUGGCAGCAUCAUGCUGUGGGGGUGCUUUGCUGCAGGAGGGACUGGUGCGCUUCACAAAAUAUAUGGCAUCAUGAGGAAGGACAAUUCAAGACAUCAGUCAGGAAGUUAAAGCUUGGUCGCAAAUGGGUCUUCCAAAUGGACAAUGACCCCAAGCAUACUUCCAAGGUUGUGGCAAAAUGGCUUAAGGACAACAAAGUCAAGGUAUUGGAGUGGCCAUCGCAAAGCCCUGACCUCAAUCCUAUAGAAAAUGUGUGGGCAGAACUACAAAAGCGUGUGCGAGCAAGGAGGCCUACAAAUCUGACUCAGUUACACCAGCUCUGUCAGGAGGAAUGGGCCAAAAUUCACCCAACUUAUUGUGGGAAGCUUGUGGAAGGCUACCCGAAACGUUUGACCCAAGUUAAACAAUUUAAAGGCAAUGCUACCAAAUACUAAUUGAGUGUAUGUAAACUUCUGACCCACUGGGAAUGUGAUGAAAGAAAUAAAAGCUGAAAUAAAUCAUUCUCUCUACUAUUAUUCUGACAUUUCACAUUCUUAAAAUAAAGUGGUGAUCCUAACUGACCUAAGACAGGGAAUUGUUACUAGGAUUAAAUGUCAGGAAUUGUGAAAAACUGAGUUUAAAUGUAUUUGGCUAUGGUGUAUGUAAACUUUCGACUUCAACUGUGUGUGUAGGAUGCUGUGUCUCAAUUAGGGAGCUGGUCCUGUCUUUUCGGUGCUGUUCAUAUUGUUUAUUAGGUAUUUGGUGGAUGCUGUUGAUGUGUAUUAGGUGUGUGUUGGUGCUGUUGGUGUGUAUUAAGCAAGGGUUGGAUCCUAAAUUAUUUCCCAAUCGUUUCGUUCUAAACAGAACCAAUAUUUUUUAGUUCCGUUACAUUGUUUCGCCCAGCAAAAUAAAGUUAUGAACCGGUUCGAAACCCCCCAAAAGUACUGCUUUAUAUCGUUCCUUUCUGUUGCGUUUUAAACAUCUGAAAUCGUUAAUUUUUUUUACAUUUAUCUCGACAUUAAAUUACUUAACCAAUCAUGCAGUGCGGAUAGAGCAGCUUGCUAGGAAGCGGGCAAGCUAUAGCUUAGUGAGUUGUUUACAUGCGUUAUGGAAAGACAAGUGCCGAGAUGCAACUGACAUUUUGCGGGUGGGGAGAGAACGAGAGAGCAGGUCCGGCUCCAGGAUGACAUGCCUGAGGGGGCAUAUUAAAUCCAUGAGGGGGCACAACUAGUAUUGCUUUAGAGCCAUAAUAAAACAAGGUAGAUUGACCCUACUGCUGUUCAAAUGUACAAAAAUGUAUCUGAAAUGUAGCCUUACACAUCAACAACCGUUGUUUUGUAUAAUAACACAAGAAAGAUAUGCGCCCCAUUAUGACAUACAAGAGUAUACAAAAUGCAGCCGUAUCUGCCGUAGUCCUACACAUAAUUUGCGCCUACCAACAGGAUGAGCACCACUAGGCUAUCAAAGAUUCUAACAGGCUUCAUAGCUUAAACUUCAAUCAUUAGAACUAUAGGCUACAUUUCUUUUGAAUUUGUGACACUACGCGAUGAGCGUAACCUACAGUAAGCCAAGCCGCCACUUCUCCAGGUGCACAAUAUUUUCUGUGGGAGAGUUUCAGAAAAGCAAACUAAAUCAAACUAAGUGCAUAUUCUGUAUUCAUAGCUGAUGUUACAUUUCCUACAUGGAAGUAGACAAUUUUAAUAAGAUAAGAGUAAAUGCAAAUUCAGAGAGCACACACACAUGUACGCAGGCACCCACACACACGCUAUAGCAAGAGAGCAGGGAGGGGGCAAAAAAGUAGGCUAUGGGUCGUUUUCAAAGUAUUGAUAUCAGUUUUAUAGUAGCCUAUCACACAACGACUGUGUAAUGAAAAUUAAUGAUAAAAUAGUGAACAUUUACCUACUUAUUUUAGUAGGCUACACACGAUAUUGGUCCUAUACUACUCUGACAUACAACAUGUACUAAAAUGUAGGCCUGCACUGCAGCCACAUACACAACAACUGUACACAAGAAAGCAUGCCAUGUUGAAGAGAAGCCCCACAAAGACUAGUAGCCCAAGAUGUGUUCAUUAAAACAGCACACGCCGUAACCAUCAAUUCAGGACCAUGGACUGAAGGCUACCGCCAGUCAGCGCCAAUGCUGCCAAUUUCAGCACCACCGGAGUGGACAGCCAGGACAAUAGGGCUCACCUCCGAGCGCAACCAAUAGGCUACAUUGGUCAUUGUCUCUACACCCAUAACAUAAUGCAAAAGCUGAAUCUCUAUUAAUAUCAAUGGCUUGUUCACAUCCCACAAGUUUGGGCUCUCAGGAUCCAUGGUACACAGAGCUUCCACUAGUUGACUACUUCCUUCGCUAAGUCGUGAUGACAUUUCCGCCAGCACAUUUUACAUUUACAUUUUAGUCAUUUAGCAGACGCUCUUAUCCAGAGCGACUUACAGUUAGUGAGUGCAUUGAUUUUUUAUUGAUUUUUCAUACUGGUCCCCCGUGGGAAACGAACCCACAACCCUGGCGUUACACACGGACUACAGCACGGCAUCGAAAGUGCUGAAAAACAGUCAUCUCUUCUUCUUCCAUCAAUCAUGCUGACCCACUAUGCUUUCAACUACAUAUUCUUGCAGGGUUUUACUCAUCAGUCUCAGUCGUUUGCUUGGAGCUGGUGUGCUCGUACCCUCCCAGCAUGCCUCCCAAAGCUUUUCGAAUUCAGCAUCACAUCGCAGUUUUUCAACGCGCCCAUAAGUACUGCGGACAAGUUUGACACCAGUGUGCAGAUCAGUAGCUUCUGACUGCAGUAACUCGUUAGGAGGGUCGAGGAGCCCCAGGAUUGUGUGAGUCAUGUUCACAAUAAACGUAAAGUUCGGCUCUGUCACUGCUUUCAAUAAGCCUGUGGCCUCAAGUCUCACAUCUGUGCCAUAUGCGCGAGUAGAUUUCACUGAGCAUCUCUGUGAUGUUGUCACUUGAUUUCAAAAUGACUGACAACGUGGCGAGGUGGCCAGUCCAUCUCUGAUCAAGAACUCUUUUCAGUUUUUCUCCAGUGUACUGUGCAGCCACCGUGGGUUUCCUAAAGAAAUUGUACAGAGAGCUACACACAUUGAACAAGUCCUCUAUCGCCUCCUCAGACAAUAUAUAGUGUGCACCACAACCAAAUGCAUACCUUGAACCAGAGGCUACAAAAGGCCUGCUUUCUCCCACUGAAAAUGUGGCUGGGGUAAGUCAACCGAGGUGGUCAGGUGCUAGUGGCUGGGGUAACGCUGGCUCCUCAUCACAGAGGUCAUCAGGUGGUAGUGGCUGGGGUAACGCUGGCUCCUCAUCACAGAGGUCGUCAGGUGCUAGUGGCUGGGGUAACGCUGGCUCCUCAUCACCGAGGUGGUCAGGUGGCUGGGGUAACGCUGGCUCCUCAUCACUGAGGUGGUCAGGUGGCUGGGGUAACGCUGAGCACCUGACCGUGCUAGUGGCUGGGGUAACGCUGGCUCCUCAUCACCGAGGUGGUCAGGUGCUAGUGGCUGGGGUAACGCUGGCUCCUCAUCACUGAGGUGGUCAGGUGGCUGGGGUAACGCUGGCUCCUCAUCACCGAGGUGGUCAGGUGCAAGUGGCUGGGGUAACGCUGGCUCCUCAUCAGUGAGGUGGUCAGGUGGCUGGGGUAACGUUGGCUCCUCAUCACUGAGGUGGUCAGGUGGCUGGGGUAACGCUGAGCACCUGACCGUGCUAGUGGCUGGGGUAACGCUGGCUGCUCAUCACCGAGGUGGUCAGGUGCAAGUGGCUGGGGUAACGCUGGCUCCUCAUCACUGAGGUAGUCAGGUGGCUGGGGUAACGCUGGCUCCUCAUCACCGAGGUGGUCAGGUUGCUGGGGUAACGCUGGCUCCUCAUCACCGAGGUGGUCAGGUGCUAGUGGCUGGGGUAACGCUGGCUCCUCAUCACCGAGGUGGUCAGGUGGCUGGGGUAACGCUGGCUCCUCAUCACCGAGGUGGUCAGGUGCUAGUGGCUGGGGUAACGCUGGCUCCUCAUCACUGAGGUGGUCAGGUGGCUGGGGUAACGCUGGCUCCUCAUCACCGAGGUGGUCAGGUGCUAGUGGCUGGGGUAACGCUGGCUCCUCAUCACCGAGGUGGUCAGGUGGCUGGGGUAACGCUGGCUCCUCAUCACCGAGGUGGUCAGGUGCUAGUGGCUGGGGUAACGCUGGCUCCUCAUCACUGAGGUGGUCAGGUGGCUGGGGUAACGCUGGCUCCUCAUCACUGAGGUGGUCAGGUGGCUGGGGUAACGCUGGCUCCUCAUCACCGAGGUGGUCAGGUGCUAGUGGCUGGGGUAACGCUGGCUCCUCAUCACUGAGUUGGUCAGGUGCUAGUAGCUGGGGUAACGCUGGCUCCUCAUCACUGAGGUGGUCAGGUGCUAGUGGCUGGGGUAACGCUGGCUCCUCAUCACUGAGUUGGUCAGGUGCUAGUAGCUGGGGUAACGCUGGCUCCUCAUCACCGAGGUGGUCAGGUGCUAGUGGCUGGGGUAACGCUGGCUCCUCAUCACUGAGUUGGUCAGGUGCUAGUAGCUGGGGUAAUGCUGGCUCCUCAUCACUGAGGUGGUCAGGUGCUAGUGGCUGGGGUAACGGAGGUGCAGCUGCUUGUUGUGAUGUUACCCUCGUGCUGCUGGUGCUAGGCUAUGGCUGUUCUCCAUCUUGUUGGGAAGCAGGCGGCGUGGGGGCAUUUGCUUCUAGGCUCUUCAAUCUCAGUGGUCGGGCUAGCAGGCUGCUCGGUGAGCUUGGCAUCGGUUUAGACAUGGUGGUCCUCAGUUUUUUUGCUCUUGGCAGUGCCCAGCCAUUUUCGGAUAUCCAUGCUGAUCAAAGCUUAGCCAACUAGCUAUAAUUAUUCAGUGUGCCACUAACAAAAAUUAACAAAGCUAGCUGCAAAAGUGAACAACCUUUUUCCCUCUCUGCGAGAAAAUAAACGGUCAAUUUGACCCCACCCUGUGAUCCAAUAAGCUCCCUAAACAAGGUAAUGAAGGCCGUACCUUAUGACAUUGCAUGGCUAGGUGCCCAAUCAGAAUGCAAUUUUGGAAUUACAUUAUUUGGAUUUACAUGAUUAUACACCGCCCCCCCCAACCUCAGAUAAUGAGUGUACACCGGCAUAUAGCCUCUGUCCCGGUCUGCUGGCAGGCCCAGUGUCGUUACAUUGGCAAAACAGGGCAUGGUAAUUAAUAUACCAUUUGUUGUGUUUAUACUAUUUGUUGUGUUCACCCGCUAUAACAUCUGCUAAACACGUGUAUGUGACAAAUAACAUUUGAUUUGAUUUGAUUUGGGGGGGAAAAAUCUAUAUUUUAUAAUAAAGGUUCUGUUCCGGAACAGUAUAGAUCACUUUCGUUCCCAGUUCUGAUUCUAUUCCUUGAAAAAUGUAUUUAUUUUCCGGUUUUCUGUUCUGUUCCGUGAACCGGUUCCAAACCCUGCUUUUCAUGUGUAUAGGUGUAUUAGUAGGUGUGUGUAGUAGGGUGCUACUCAUGUAUAUUAGCUGAGCAGAUCCAGUGUGUUGAGGACUGGGGUGCUGAUCCUGUCAUGUGAUCAGCUUUGUCUCAGCCCUGCCGCAGGUGGAGCAGCUGCCACAGUCAGCGUUCACGCACAGACUGUACCAAGCACCAUGCUACUGUUGUUUUCACUGCUUUUGUGUUAAUGCACAGUAAUGCUUUAUUAUAUCAAAAGGUAAAACAAGGACAGUAAUUUAUGAUUGGAUCAGGUCGUGAUUAUGUUUCUGGAGGUCGUAGGAGUUUGAUGUGUCAAAUGGCACUUACAGUAUUGGGAUUCAGCGCACUUCCUGGAUGUCUGUGUCAUCUUCAGCUAUUUAUCGUUAUUAAACUAUCAUUUGUGUUCCAAGGAUAUUGAUGCCAAGUACACCAAGUGGAAAAUAUCAUUUGUUUUCAGCACAAUCUACACAUUGUGCCAACACAUUAUACUGAAGAGGGAUGCUGCUGAAAAUGUUCAAAACAUUUCCAUUCUUUAUUUGUCCAUAAUGCAAUAAACAACACAGAGACGUGACUGCACAUUUCUCAUCUUCUCUUUUCAGAAUCCAUCGACAACAUUGGACAGAAGAGUAAGUCCCUGACCCAUAUAGCUUCUUCUACAGUAUGAUGAACACUGAUACCUGCCAGUAGCAGUAUGAUAGGGGAGAGUGGGGCAAGUUGAGUCAAAGGGGUAAGUUGAGCCACCCUUGUUUCCAGGAAACCAUACACAAAAUUAAUAAUUUGACCAAAUAUUUAGGAAGAGGUCAUCAUUUCAUGGAGUCUGUGAAGGAAGAAACCACAUGGAAAAGUGGUAAGCAAGUUAGGUCCAAAAAACAGAUUUUCACCAAGUCAAAUGAAUUUAUUGUGUUAGAGGUUUAAUGAUGCUUGUAUCUAAACCAAUGUAGAUCAUUUAAAGAUUGUUCUAUACAUCAGUUGGGGUCUCUACAAGCUUCAAUAUGAGGUCAUAAACCUAUUAUGAAAGUGCAUCCUUAUAUUGUGUGGGCUAAUAUAGUCCAAAUGUUUGCCUUGGGGUAAGUUGAGCCAAUGGUUGAGCCAAUGGCAAGUUGAGCAAAUUGAAGUGUUUUCUUCCCAGGCGUAAUGCAAGGCAUUAUUGCUGGGAUAUGAGGUAACAACAGGGCCUGGCCUAUGUUAAAAGUGUUUGUUAGGUGUUAAGCCUGUGUUAAGAGAUGCUUAAAAUGAUUAAAAUACAAAAAAAUCUAAUCUAAUCAAAUCAAAUGUUAUUUGUCACAUGCGCCGAAUACAACAGGUGUAGACGUUACCGUGAAAUGCUUAAUUACAAGCCCCUAACCAACAAUGCAGUUUUAAGAACAAUAAGAUUUAAGAAAACAUUUACUAAAUAAACUAAAGUAAAAAAAAAAAAUAUAUAUAUAUAUAUAUAUAUAUAUAUAUAUAUAUAUAAAGUAACACAGUAAAAUAACAAUAACGAGGCUAUAGUCAAUGUGUGGGGGGUACAGGUUAGUCGAGGUAAUUGAGGUAAUAUGUACAGUACCAGGCAAAAGUUUGGGCAAAAGUUUGGACACACCUGCUCUUUCCAGGGUUUUUCUUUAUUUUUACUAUUUUCUACAUUGUAGAAUAAUAGUGAAGACAUCAAAACGAUGAAAUAACACAUCAUGUAGUAACCAUAAAAGUGUUAAACAAAUUCUUCAAAGUAAAUUCUUCAAAGUAGCCACCCUUUGCCUUGAUGACAGCUUUGCACACUCUUGGCAUUCUCUCAACCAGCUUCAUGAGGUAGUCAACUGGCAUGCAUUUAAAUUAACAGGUGUGCCUCGUUAAAAGUUAAUUUGUGGAAUAUCUUUCCUUCUUAAUGCGUUUGAGCCAAUCAGUUGUGUUGUGACAAGGUAGGGUUGGUAUACAGAAGAUAACCCUAUUUGGUAAAAGACCAAGUCCAUAUUAUGGAAAGAACAGCUCAAAUAAGCAAAGAGAAAUGACAGUCCCAUAUUAUUUUAAGACAUGAAUGUCAGUCAAUCCAGAAAUUGUCAAGAAAUUUGAAAGUUUCUUCAAGUGCUGUCGCAAAAACCAUCAAGCACUAUGAUGAAACUGGCUCUCAUGAGGAGCGCCACAGGAAUGGAAGACCCAGAGUUACCUCUGCUGCAGAGGAUAAGUUCAUUAGAGUUAACUGCUCCUCAGAUUGCAGCCCAAAUAAAUGCUUCACAGAGUUCAAGUAACAGACACAUCGCAACAUCAACUGUUCAGAGGAGACUGUGAAUCAGGCCUUCAUGGUCUAAUUGCUGCAAAGAAACCACUACUAAAGGACACCAAUAAGAAGAAGAGACUUGCUUGGGCCAAGAAACACGAGCAAUGCACAUUAGACCAGUGUAAAUCUGUCCUUUGGUCUGAUGAGUCCAAAUUUGAGAUUUUUUGUUCCAACCGCCGUGUCUUUGUGAGACGCAGAGUAGGUGAACGGAUGAUCUCCGCAUGUGUGGUUCCCACCGUGAAGCAUGGAGGAGGAGGUGUGAUGGUGUGGGGGUGCAUUGCUGGUGACACUGCCGGUGAUUUAUUUAGAAUUCAAGGCACACUUAACCAGCAUGGGUACCACAGCAUUCUGCAGCGACACGCCAUCCCAUCUGGUUUGGGCUUAGUGAGACUAUCAUUUGUUUUUCAACAGGACAAUGACCCAAAACACACCUCCAGGUAAUAUUUAAUUAAGUACAGACAUUUUUAUGUGGCUUAACUCACCCUGUCCUGCGGCUCAACUUACCCCAUACCCAGGGUAAGUUGUCCCAAGAGACCACUUUUUUUGUACAAGCUAUGUUUUCAAGACUGUAACAUUUACAUGAAUUCUGAUUAUUUCCAGCGAUACACAACAUCCUGAAAUAUAUGUAGAUAUCUUUGUUAGAAAUUACUAUAUUUCCCUUGACGGAGUGAUGCUGAAUGUAAAAAAUGGCUCAACUUACCCCACUUUCCCCUAUGAUGAACACUGAUACCUGACAGUAGUAGUAUGAUAUGAUGAACACUGAUACCAUGCCAGAUGAAUAACCCAGAGGUUGAGGCUUAUCUAUGGGCAGUCGUGUGGCAACAGCAUCCAUUAGUAAGACCGAUUUCCAAGUGAUUAGUACCAUUGUGGGAGAGGAAGUAGGACUGUUAAAGGUCUUGUCUAAGAACCCAUAAAUGUAUGUUUCCUCUGUCAGGUCUGAAUCAGUUAUCUACACAGUCAGAGUCAGGAGAGGCCAGACACGCAGGAAUGAGGAUGAUGUUGCAUGAUGGGUCUGGGAGUACACAGUUAGAAACAGUUGAAUAUGAUAUUCUCCAAGUCCCUCAUCUACACAGGCUGGAACCCAAUAGAGACAUUCACUGUAGCUAGCCUAAUCAUCUCUACAAGCUUCAUCAUAGUAGAAUAAAUAAGAUCCCAAAAGACCAACAUUUUAUCAAAUCAAAUCAAAUCAAAUCUUAUUUGUCACAUACACGUGUUUAGCAGAUGUUAUAGCGGGUGUAGUGAAAUGCUUAUGCUUCUAGCUCCGACAGUGCAGUAGUAUCUAACCAUUACACAACAUAUACCCAAUACACACAAAAAAGUAAGGAAUGGGAUUUAAGAAUAUAUACAUAUAUGGACAAGCAAUGACAGAGCGGCAUGGACUAAGAUACAGAAGAAUAUUAUAGAAUAGAAUGCAGUAUAUACAUAUGAGAUGAGUAGUGCAUGAUAUGUAAACAUUAUUAAAGUGACUAGUGUUCCAUUUCUUAAAGUGGCCAGUGAUUGCAAUAUGAUUGUAAUGAUCUUGUUUGGAAAUCAUAGCUCAAAAAUACUUACAGUGGGGAAAAAAAGUAUUUAGUCAGCCAACAAUUGUGCAAAUUCUCCCACUUAAAAAGAUGAGAGAGGCCUGUAAUUUUCAUCAUAGGUACACGUCAACUAUGACAGACAAAAUGAGAAAAAAAAAUUCAGAAAAUUACAUUGUAGGAUUUUUAAUGAAUUUAUUUGCAAAUUAUGGUGGAAAAAAAGUAUUUGGUCAAUAACAAAAGUUUCUCAAUACUUUGUUAUAUACCCUUUGUUGGCAAUGACACAGGUCAAAUGUUUUCUGUAAGUCUUCACAAGGUUUUCACACACUGUUGCUGGUAUUUUGGCCCAUUCCUCCAUGCAGAUCUCCUCUAGAGCAGUGAUGUUUUGGGGCUGUCGCUGGGCAACACGGACUUUCAACUCCCUCCAAAGAUUAUCUAUGGGGUUGAGAUCUGGAGACUGGCUAGACCACUCCAGGACCUUGAAAUGCUUCUUACGAAGCCACUCCUUCGUUGCCCGGGCGGUGUGUUUGGGAUCAUUGUCAUGCUGAAAGACCCAGCCACGUUUCAUCUUCAAUGCCCUUGCUGAUGGAAGGAGGUUUUCACUCAAAAUCUCACGAUACAUGGCCCCAUUCAUUCUUUCCUUUACACGGAUCAGUCGUCCUGGUCCCUUUGCAGAAAAACAGCCCCAAAGCAUGAUGUUUCCAACCCCAUGCUUCACAGUAGGUAUGGUGUUCUUUGGAUGCAACUCAGCAUUCUUUGUCCUCCAAACACGACGAGUUGAGUUUUUACCAAAAAGUUCUAUUUUGGUUUCAUCUGACCAUAUUACAUUCUCCCAAUCCUCUUCUGGAUCAUCCAAAUGCACUCUAGCAAACUUCAGACGGGCCUGGACAUGUACUGGCUUAAGCUGGGGGACACGUCUCACACUGCAGGAUUUGAGUCCCUGGCGGCGUAGUGUGAUACUGAUGGUAGGCUUUGUUACUUUGGUCCCAGCUCUCUGCAGGUUAUUCACUAGGUCCCCCCGUGUGGUUCUGGGAUUUUUGCUCACUGUUCUUGUGAUCAUUUUGACCCCACGGGGUGAGAUCUUGCGUGGAGCCCCAGAUCGAGGGAGAUUAUCAGUGGUCUUGUAUGUCUUCCAUUUCCUAAUAAUUGCUCCCACAGUUGAUUUCUUCAAACCAAGCUGCUUACCUAUUGCAGAUUCAGUCUUCCCAGUCUGGUGCAGGUCUACAAUUUUGUUUCUGGUGUCCUUUGACAGCUCUUUGGUCUUGGCCAUAGUGGAGUUUGGAGUGUGACUGUUUGAGGUUGUGGACAGGUGUCUUUUAUACAGAUAACAAGUUCAAACAGGUGCCAUUAAUACAGGUAACGAGUGGAGGACAGAGGAGCCUCUUAAAGAAGAAGUUACAGGUCUGUGAGAGCCAGAAAUCUUGCUUGUUUGUAGGUGACCAAAUACUUAUUUUCCACCAUAAUUUGCAAAUAAAUUCAUUCAAAAUCCUACAAUGUGAUUUUCUGGAUUUUUUUUUCUCAAUUUGUCUGUCAUAGUUGAUGUGUACCUAUGAUGAAAAUUACAGGCCUCUCUCAUCUUUUUAAGUGGGAGAACUUGCACAAUUGGUGACUGACUAAAUACUUUUUUUCCCCACUGUAUGUUACAGUGAAAGUGUUCACCCCCCUUGGCAUUUUUCCUAUUUUGUUGCCUUACAACCUGGAAUUAAAAUGGAUUUUUGGGGGGUUUGUAUAAUUUGAUUUACACAACAUGCCUACCACUUUGAAGAUGCAAAAUAAUUGUUAUUGUGAAACAAACAAGAAAUAAGACAAAAAAAACAGAAAACUUGAGCAUGCAUAACUAUUCACCCCCCCAAAGUCAGCACUUUGUAGAGCCACCUUUUGCAGGAAUUACAGCUGCAAGUCUCUUGGGGUAUGUCUCUAUAAGCUUGGCACAUCUAGACACUGGGAUGUUUGCCCAUUCUUCAAGGCAAAACUGUCCAGCUCCUUCAAGUUGGAUGGGUUCCGCUGGUGUACAGCACUCUUUAAGUCAUACCACAGAUUCUCAAUUGGAUUUAGGUCUGGGCUUUGACUAGGCCAUUCCAAGACACUUAAAUGUUUCCCCUUAAACCACUCAAGUGUUGCUUUAGCAGUAUGCUUAGGGUCAUUGUCCUGCUGGAAGGUGAACCUCUGUCCCAGUCUCAAAUCUCUGGAAGACUGAAACAGGUUUCCCUCAAGGAUUUCCCUGUAUUUAGCGCCAUCCAUCAUUCCUUCAAUUCUGACCAGUUUCCCAGUCCCUGCCGAUGAAAAACAUCCCCACAGCAUGAUGCUGCCACCACCAUGCUUCACUGUGGGGAUGGUGUUCUCGGGGUGAUGAGAGGUGUUGGGUUUGCGCCAGACAUAGCGCUUUCCUUGAUGGCCAAAAAGCUCAAUUCUAGUCUCAUCUGACCAGAGUACCUUCUUCCAUAUGUUUGGGGAGUCUCCCACAUGCCUUUUGGCAAACACCAAAUGUAUUUGCUUAUUUUUUUCUUUAAAAAAUGGCUUUUUUUCUGGCCACUCUUCCGUAAAGCCCAGCUCUGUGGAGUGUACGGCUUAAAGUGGUCCUAUGGACAUAUACUCCAAUCUCCGCUGUGGAGCUUUGUAGGUCCUUCAGGGUUAUCUUUGGUCUCUUUGUUGCCUCUCUGAUUAAUGCCCUCCUUGCCUGGUCCGUGAGUUUUGGUGGGCGGCCCUCUCUUGGCAGGUUUGUUGUGGUGCCAUAUUAUUUCUAUUUUUUAAUAAUGGAUUUAAUGGUGCUCCGUGGGAUGUUCAAAGUUUCUGUAAUUUUUUUAUAACCCAACCCUGAUCUGUACUUCUCCACAACUUUGUCCCUGACCUGUUUGGAGAGCUCCUUGGUCUUCAUGGUGCCGCUUGCUUGGUGGUGCCCCUUGCUUAGUGGUGUUGCAGACUCUGGGGCAUUUCAGAACAGGUGUAUAUAUACUGAGAUUAUGUGACAGAUCAUGUGACACUUAGAUUGCACAAAGGUGGACUUUAUUUAACUAAUUACGUGACUUCUGAAGGUAAUUGGUUGCACCAGAUCUUAUUUAGGGGCUUCAUAGUAAAGGGUGCACGCACAACUUUUCGAUUAUUUAUUUUUUAGAAAUAAGUUAUUUUUUUCAUUUCACUUCACCAAUUUGGACUAUUUUGUGUAUGUCCAUUACAUGAAAUCCAAAUAAAAAUCCAUUUAAAUUACAGGUUGUAAUGCAACAAAAUUGGAAAAAUGCCAAGGGGGAUGAAUACUUUUGCAAGGCACUGUAUCUCUGCCAGAGCCUUAUCUAAGCGCAGUUAGUCAGGCUGUGCCAACGUCAGGCUGUCCCAACGUCAGGCUGUCCCAAAGCUUCGGCACGUUCUCCUCUAGUGGUUCUUAGGACAAAUGUUCUCUGUUCAAUGUCACAAUGGGUAGGAAAAGGAAUCAUAACUUUAUUGACUUCAAGUUCAUGGGAAACAGGGCUUCUUUGUUGGUCUAUUCUAAAACUGUGUCAGAGAUCUAGCUUCUAGCAGACAGAUGACUUGGCUGCACAGUGAGCUGUAUGUCUUUCUAUUUCCAGUUGUUUAUCUGCUGGCCUAUCAUGUUGUCUUCAUCUUGUUUACCUGGGCCUACUGGCAGACCAUCUUCACCAAGCCCAUGAACCCCCUGAAAGAGGUGAGUGUGUGUGUGUGUGUGUGCAUUUGAUCAAAUAGUCUAGUCUGAAGGAUGAGGUACAGAGCGCGUUACAGAACUAGGCUAGUCUGGAUGAUGAGGUACAGGGAGAGGUACAGAACUAGGCUAGUCUGGAUGAUGAGCUACAGGGAGAGGUACAGAACUAGGCUAGUCUGGAUGAUGAGGUACAGGGAGAGGUACAGAACUAGGCUAGUCUGGAUGAUGAGGUACAGGGAGAGGUACAGAACUAGGCUAGUCUGGAUGAUGAGCUACAGGGAGAGGUACAGAACUAGGCUAGUCUGGAUGAUGAGGUACAGGGAGAGGUACAGAACUAGGCUAGUCUGGAUGAUGAGCUACAGGGAGAGGUACAGAACUAGGCUAGUCUGGAUGAUGAGGUACAGGGAGAGGUACAGAACUAGGCUAGUCUGGAUGAUGAGGUACAGGGAGAGGGACAGAACUAGGCUAGUCUGGAUGAUGAGGUACAGGGAGAGGUACAGAACUAGGCUAGUCUGGAUGAUGAGGUACAGGGAGAGGUACAGAACUAGGCUAGUCUGGUUGAUGAGGUACAGGGAGAGGUACAGAACUAGGCUAGUCUGGAUGAUGAGCUACAGGGAGAGGUAUAGAACUAGGCUAGUCUGGAUGAUGAGGUACAGGGAGAGGUACAGAACUAGGCUAGUCUGGAUGAUGAGGUACAGGGAGAGGUACAGAACUAGGCUAGUCUGGAUGAUGAGCUACAGGGAGAGGUACAGAACUAGGCUAGUCUGGAUGAUGAGCUACAGGGAGAGGUACAGAACUAGGCUAGUCUGGAUGAUGAGGUACAGGGAGAGGGACAUAACUAGGCUAGUCUGGAUGAUGAGGUACAGGGAGAGGUACAGAACUAGGCUAGUCUGGAUGAUGAGGUACAGGGAGAGGUACAGAACUAGGCUAGUCUGGUUGAUGAGGUACAGGGAGAGGUACAGAACUAGGCUAGUCUGGAUGAUGAGGUACAGGGAGAGGUACAGAACUAGGCUAGUCUGGAUGAUGAGCUACAGGGAGAGGUAUAGAACUAGGCUAGUCUGGAUGAUGAGGUACAGGGAGAGGUACAGAACUAGGCUAGUCUGGAUGAUGAGGUACAGGGAGAGGUACAGAACUAGGCUAGUCUGGAUGAUGAGGUACAGGGAGAGGUACAGAACUAGGCUAGUCUGGAUGAUGAGCUACAGGGAGAGGUACAGAACUAGGCUAGUCUGGAUGAUGAGGUACAGGGAGAGGUACAGAACUAGGCUAGUCUGGAUGAUGAGGUACAGGGAGAGGGACAGAACUAGGCUAGUCUGGAUGAUGAGGUACAGGGAGAGGGACAUAACUAGGCUCUAGUCUCUCCUGUUAUGAUUGAGAGUGAUGUUUACAGUGAUAUUUACAGUGAUAUUACAUUCUUCUCCAACUGCCUGAAGGAGCACUCUAUCUCUGCUCCUGACCACUCAGAUUCAGCGCUUGUUGUUGUUGAAUCCAUGCACUUCAGACAACACUCAUAAAUGCUCCUUCCAGUACUGAGUGCUCUGGUUCAUUCAAGGGGUGAUAACUUAACAUUCAGGUCACUCAAUAACAAUAUUUUCCUUCAUACUAUAAGAUGUACUUGUUAGAUGAUUCAGUGGGUGGUGAUAUCUGUGGCACUUGGCACCAUGCUGUUUGUUAUUGUUGAAGUUAUUAGUCCUCAGCCUUCCAUCAUAAAACGCCUAAUAAUGUAGCAGUGCUUUGGCUCUCCAACCAAUCUAGCUGCUCAGGCAGAAGGAAUCAGAAGGAAAGGGCAAUGAUAGAACUGCACAUGACUUAGCCCUACAGGCUGGAUCACCCUUGUGACACUAAACAAUACUGUACUGCAGUCCUCCAACACUCAGAGCUACACAGCAUUUAUAGUUGAUCACAGCAUUAUACUAUUCUUUGAUAAGAGCUCUCAUGGGAAGUGCAUCUCAUUAGUAAUGGAUGUAGGCCUGCAAUAUUCUAGAGGUGUAGGAUCGUAAUUUGAGCCAGUUUGCUACAGCGGGACGAACAUCCUGCAGCAACAGGAAAUGUGAAUUAUUAUGUUGAUUAUAAUUAAUGGACAUUUUUGUAGGGGUUGAAACAUUUUUCUUAAGGGAAAAUCAAGUGUGGAAAUUACAAACUUCAGAAGACUUUAAAACCUCAAAUGCAACAGGGUUUUUUAAACCUCCUGCAACAGGGUGAUCAAAUUAAGAUCCUACAUCUGUAGAAGCACAGGACGCUUCUUAUUCUGUUCCUCCAUCCUCUCUGUAGUUCCACCUGUCCUACUCAGACAAGGAGCUGUUGGAGCGUGAGGACCGUGGAGAGUCUCAGCAGGAGAUUCUUAGAAGGAUAGCCAAGGAUUUACCCAUCUACACCCGCACCAUGUCUGGAGGUACUCAACAGAACACAAGCUAAAACAAAACGUCUGCCCUGUGGGUUGACUUUUACCAACCCAGCAAACCAAAAUUGGUUUCCCCAAAAGUUAUAAUUACACAAAAACUGUCCAGUUGAUUAUACAAUGUAUCAGGAGUGAAAGUAAAAUUAAUUUAUUCCCGGUACGGGACCUGCACCAACAUUUUUCAUAAGCCUAAUUACAUAUACAGUGAGGGAAAAAAGUAUUUGAUCCCCUGCUGAUUUUGUACGUUUGCCCACUGACAAAGAAAUGAUCAGUCUAUAAUUUUAGUGGUAGGUUUAUUUGAACAGUGAGAGACAGAAUAACAACAACAAAAUCCAGAAAAACGCAUGUCAAAAAUGUUAUAAAUUGAUUUGCAUUUUAAUGAGGGAAAUAAGUAUUUGACCCUCUCUCAAUCAGAAAGAUUUCUGGCUCACAGGUGUCUUUUAUACAGGUAACGAGCUGAGAUUAGGAGCACACUCUUAAAGGGAGUGCUCCUAAUCUCAAUUUGUUACCUGUAUAAAAGAUACCUGUCCACAGAAGCAAUCAAUCAAUCAGAUUCCAAACUCUCCACCAUGGCCAAGACCAAAGAGCUCUCCAAGGAUGUCAGGGACAAGAUUGUAGACCUACACAAGGCUGGAAUGGGCUACAAGACCAUCGCCAAGCAGCUUGGUGAGAAGGUGACAACAGUUGGUGCGAUUAUUCGCAAAUGGAAGAAACACAAAAUAACUGUCAAUCUCCCUCGGCCUGGGGCUCCAUGCAACUCUCACCUCGUGGACUUGCAAUGAUCAUGAGAACGGUGAGGAAUCAGCCCAAAACUACAUGGGAGGAUCUUGUCAAUGAUCUCAAGGCAGCUGGGACCAUAGUCACCAAGAAAACAAUUGGUAACACACUACGCCAUGAAGGACUGAAAUCCUGCAGCGCCCGCAAGGUCCCCCUGCUCAAGAAAGCACAUAUACAGGGCCGUCUGAAGUUUGCCAAUGAUCAUCUGAAUGAUUCAGAGGAGAACUGGGUGAAAGUGUUGUGGUCAGAUGAGACCAAAAUUGAGCUCUUUGGCAUCAACUAAAUUCACAGUGUUUGGAGGAGGAAUGCUGCCUAUGACCCCAAGAACACCAUCCCCACCGUCAAACAUGGAGGUGGAAACAUUAUGCUUUGGGGAUGUUUUUCUGCUAAUCAAAUCUUGGGUGAGAACCUCUUUCUCUCCGCCAGGGCAUUGAAAAUGGGUCGUGGAUGGGUAUUCCAGCAUGACAAUGACCCAAAACACACGGCCAAGGCAACAAAGGAGUGGCUCAAAAAGAAGCACAUUAAGGUCCUGGAGUGGCCUAGCCAGUCUCCAGACCUUAAUCCCAUAGAAAAUCUGUGGAGGUAGCUGAAAGUUCGAGUUGCCAAACGUCAGCCUCGAAACCUUCAUGACUUGGAGAAGAUCUGCAAAGAGGAGUGGAACAAAAUCCCUCCUGAGAUGUGUGCAAACCUGGUGGCCAACUACAAGAAACGUCUGACCUCUGUGAUUGCCAACAAGGGUUUUGCCACCAAGUACUAAGUCAUGUUUUGCAGAGGGGUCAAAUACUUAUUUCCCUCAUUAAAAUGCUAAUACAUUUAUAACAUUUUUGACAUGCGUUUUUCUGGAUUUUGUUGUUGUUAUUCUGUCUCUCACUGUUCAAAUAAACCUACCAUUAAAAUUAUAGACUGAUCAUGUCUUUGUCAGUGGGCAAACGUACAAAAUCAGCAGGGGAUCAAAUACUUUUUUCCCUCACUGUAGAAUCCCUAUUAAUUCAAUAGGAUUUCUGUGGGCCUAGUCAUAAAGAGUUGUCAUUUAACUUUUAAAAUGUAUUACCUUUUAUUGUGGCAUAAACACAACCAGUCAUUAUGUUUUCAUCUGAUUGUCAAACAGUCACUUCAAAAGGCUACUUUACUAGGCUACCUGCGCAUGUUCAUCCACUUAUUCAGCAACUUAUUUCCAGCCUCCAAACAGUGGUGAAUGGAAAGAGAAAUCUGUUACACAAAACACCACAAAGUGUAAUGACAUUUGUCGAUUGUCAUUAGGCCAAAAUUGAUGUGUCCACUACUGUCAGCGUGCGUUUCGUUGUCGGACGCUCAUCUUUGCCUUGGCAAAAUGUCUGUGUUCUCGUCUAACCACAUCGCAUAUUGGAGUGUACCACCCAUUUUCCCAUGUACCACCCCAGUAUCAUUUGAUUUACACAACAUGCCUACCACUUUGAAGAUGCAAAAUAUUUGUUCUUUUGAAACAAAAAAGAAAUUGAGCGUGAAAACUAUUCACCCACCCAAAGUCAAUACUUUGUAGAACCACCUUUUGCAGCAAUUACAGCUGCAAGUCUCUUGGAGUAUGUCUCUAUAAGCUUGGCACAUCUAGCCACUGGGAUUUUUGCCCAUUCUUCAAGGCAAAACUCCUCCAGCUCCUUCAAGUUGGAUGGGUUCCACUGGUGUACAGCACUCUUUAAGUCAUACCACAGAUUCUCAAUUGGAUUGAGGUCUGGCCUUUGACUAGGCCAUUCCAAGACAUUUAAAUGUUUCCCCUUAAACCACUCGAGUGUUGCUUUAGCAGUAUGCUUAGGGUCAUUGUCCUGCUGGAAGGUGAACCUCCGUCCCAGUCUCAAAUCUCUGGAAGACUGAAACAAGUUUCCCACAGAAUUUCCCUGUAUUUAGCGCCAUCCAUCAUUCCUUCAAUUCUGACCAGUUUCCCAGUCCCUGCCGAUGAGAAACAUCCCCACAGCAUGAUGCUGCCACCACCAUGCUUCACUGUGGGGAUGGUGUUCUCGGGGUGAUGAGAGGUGUUGAGUUUGCGCCAGACAUUUUCCUUGAUGGCCAAAAAGCUCAAUUUUAGUCUCAUCUGACCAGAGUACCUUCUUCCAUAUGUUUGGGGAGUCUCCCACAUGGCUUUUGGCGAACAUCAAACGUGUUUGCUUAUUUUUUUCUUUAAGCAAUGGUUUUUUUCUGGCCACUCUUCCGUAAAGCCCAGCUCUGUGGAGUGUACGGCUUAAAGUGGUCCUAUGGACAGAUACGCCAAUCUCCACUGUGGAGCUUUGCAGCUCCUUCAGGGUUAUCUUUGGUAUCUUUGUUGCCUCUCUGAUUAAUGCCCUCCUUGCCUGGUCCGUGAGUUUUGGUGGGGGGCCCUCUCUUGGCAGGUUUGUUGUGGUGCCAUAUUCUUUCAAUUUUUUAAUAAUGGAUUUAAAGGUGCUCUGUGGGAUGUUCAAAGUUUCAGAUAUUUUUUUAUAACCCAACCCUGAUCUGUCCUUCUCCACAACUUUGUCCCUGACCUGUUUGGAGAGCUCCUUGGUCUUCAUGGUGCCGCUUGCUUGGUGGUGCCCCUUGCUUAGUGGUGUUGCAGACUCUGGGGCAUUUCAGAACAGGUGUAUAUAUACUGAGAUCAUGUGACAGAUCAUGUGACACUUAGAUUGCACACAGGUGGACUUUAUUUAACUAAUUAUGUAACUUCUGAAGGUAAUUGGUUGCACCAGAUCUUAUUUAGUGGCUUCAUAGCAAAGGGGGUGAAUACAUAUGCAUGCACCACUUUUCAUUUGUUUGUUUUUUUGAAUUUUUUGAAACAAGUAAUAUUUCACUUCACCAAUUUGGACUAUUUUGUAUAUGUCCAUUACAUGAAAUCCAAAUAAAAAUCCAUUUAAAUUACAGGGUGUAAUGCAACAAUAUAGGAAAAACACCAAGGGGGAUGAAUGCUUUUGCAAGGCACUGUAUAGACUGAUGAUUAAUUUGUUAUUGGUCAGUGGGAUAGAUAGGCUGACGAUUCAUUUGUUAUUGGUCAGUGGGAUAGAUAGGCUGACGAUUCAUUUGUUAUUGGUCAGUGGGGUUGAUAGGCUGAUGAUUCAUUUGUUAUUGGUCAGUGGGAUAGAUAGGCUGAUGAUUCAUUUGUUAUUGGUCAGUCGGGUAGAUAGGCUGAUGAUUCAUUUGUUAUUGGUCAGUCGGGUAGAUAGGCUGAUGAUUCAUUUGUUAUUGGUCAGUGGGGUUGAUAGGCUGAUUAUUCAUUUGUUAUUGGUCAGUGGGGUAGAUAGGCUGAUUAUUCAUUUGUUAUUGGUCAGUGGGGUUGAUAGGCUGAUGAUUCAUUGGUCAGUGGGGUAAAUAGGGUGGUGAUGGUGUCUGAUUGACUGUGCUGACGCUGUCUCUCUUAUUCCUCAGCUAUCCGUUUCUGUGAUCGCUGCCAGCUGGUCAAGCCUGAUCGAUGUCACCAUUGCUCAGUCUGUGAUAAGUAUGACUCUGCUCAUGGCCAUAUGUACUGUUCAUAAGAACCCUGCUGUAACUGUGUAUGGGAAUAUUCUAGCUGUUACUGAGUUUCCUUACUGUUGUUUUACAGAUGCAUCCUAAAGAUGGAUCACCAUUGCCCCUGGUCUGUAUUGCUACUAUACCAUUUCAUACUUAAUCAAAGUGAUGUUCGAUUAAUUAUUCAAAGGAAAUUGAUUUUUUUUUCUCCAUUAGGUCACUAUGAUUUGUAAGAGUUUUUAAAUCUUGUUUGAUAAAUAGAUCACUUUUUCUAUUGUCGUCAAAGGCUUAACUGAUGUCUACGAUGUAGAUUAUAUUUUAGCCUUGUCUGUUUCUGUUUGGGGGCCAUUUUUACCAUCUGUAUGUUGCAGUCAAACGGUAGGGUUUUCCCAUAUUGUGUGAUACUGACUUGGAGCAUUGCCUUCUUGUUUUGGAAUGUGACAGGGUGAAUAACUGUGUGGGCUUCUCCAACUAUAAGUUUUUCAUGCUGUUCUUGGCAUACUCCUUAUUAUAUUGCCUUUUCAUCACUGCUACAGAUCUACAGUACUUCAUUAAAUUCUGGACCGUGAGUAAAAUAUUUUCAUGAUGAACUUUGGAUUAAUUUACAUUCUGUACAAUCUAAACCAGUGGAAUGAUUGAAUAUCUAAUAACAGUUUACUGUCUGUUAUAUCUAUAUAUCUCUAUAUCCAUGCUCUUUAGAGAAAACGAUUAUUUCUAAUGACUGUAAAUAAUACAGUAUGAAAGAUGAUGCUUGGUGUAUAACAGAAAAUAAGUAUGUAAUGUUCUGAUCUUAGUAUUUUGAUUUCUCUGCAAGGCUGAAGGUAGAACACACGACCGUCUCUUAGAAUACCUGGUAUGAGCCAAUCAGCGGCAUUGAAUUUGAGGACGAUGAUCACUGAUUGGUUAAGCUCCCCCUACACUAGUUUCGUAGCGACCUAUGCUAACACCCAACUAGCGGGCAGACUUUACUUACAGGUUAUGCCUAAUGCACACAUACAGGUACUGUAAGAUUAAUGCAUUGUGUUUGUCUGGAACUGCUCCCUCAGAAUGGUCUGCCUGACACCCAGGCUAAGUUCCACAUCAUGUUCCUUUUCUUCGCUGCUUCCAUGUUCUCUGUCAGUCUGGCCUCACUGUUCGUCUACCACUGCUGGCUAGUCUGCAAGAACAGAUCCACUCUGGGUAAGAGCUGACAGGGUGUGUCUAUAUGUUGUUGAGACCAUCUCCCUGGUGUCUCACUAAACAGAAUAGAAACAGACCUAACCUGGGUGCUCUGACGGAGUCUCCAAAUACAGGCCUGGGAUAGGGAACUUAUUCUAUUCUUCUCCACAUCAAAUAAACACACAGAUUCAGUCACUCAUCUGUGGUAUGAUUUGAUAAGGCUCUUUGUCAUGGCCAUUAUCUAUCAGACAGCCAGACAGCCAGACAGCCAGACAGCCAGACAGCCAGACAGCCUGACUGACUGACUGACUGACUGACUGACUGACUAUGUGCUAGAGCUGGGACGAUAAACUGGAAAUUAUCGAUACUGACCGAACCAAUCAUUUAUUGAGGACUGAUAUCAAUAAUAUAAAUAAUAAUAAUAAGCUUUUACUAGAGGAAUGUGAAGUUUGACAUUAAAUAAGUCUGCUACUAUGGGCUAUUUCUAACGGGACAAUUGAUAACUACAACAUUCAAAGUAAUAGUAGUAGUAGUAGUAGCAGCAGCAGUAGUAGUAGUAAUAUUAUUAUUAGUAGUAGUAGUAGCAGUAGUAGAAGCAGUAGUAGUAGUAGUAGUAGUAGUAGUAGAAGCAGUAGAAGUAGUAGUAGUAGUAGUAGUAGUAGUAGUAUAAGCAGUAGUAGUAGUAGUAGUAGUAAUCUUGAUCAUUUUGUCAAUUUAAUUUUUGUCCAUGUCACUCAGCUCUAACGAGUGGUGCACUUUUCUGCCUCCGAUCUGAGUCAGUGGAUUAUUCAGGGAGUGUGUUAUAACGCCAUGACAACAGGCUCAGAGUAAGAGGCUUAGUAACAGACACUGGACAGGUAGCCCUGCUGGACAGGUAGUCCUGCUGGACAGGCCUUUAGAGGACAUGGUCAGUCACACCUGGUAACACAGCACAGCCAGCAGAUCUGAAGGCAUAGAUCUGUCCUCAGAGAGCACACUUCUCAGGCUCUUUGGCUCAUUCUCAUUACAUAAAGUCAAUUAGAAAUGGCUGAUCUUCAUUUUUGCUGUACCAAGGGCAGUUCAGUGAGAUGGAGUCAAGGGAGUUAGUCUGCAGUUGUAGCAGGCUUUUAAACAGCAAAUCUCCCCACCCUUUGAGAAUAACAAACUCUCUCAGCAAUCUCUUCCCCAAGAGGAUAUUUGACAACUGAUGUCUCAGAAUGUUUCUUAUCCAUGAAUGUGUUUCUAUUGGUUCAGGAGAUGCAUAAGUACCCACAAAACAAUGAAGUUCCUCUCUCAGUUUCCUUUGAGCUAUGAAACAUCUAGAUUGCAUAUGUUCUCUAUAAACGAUGCCUAACUAGAUCUCUCCUCAGUUUUGAUUCAACACUGAUCAUAUUCUACUCUAUUGUUCCUCAGAGGCGGUCCGCGCCCCAGCGUUCCGUCAUGGGGCUGAUAAGAAUGGCUUCAGUCUGGGCCUCAGUAAGAACUUCCGCCAGGUCUUCGGUGAUGAAAUUAGGUACUGGCUAUUUCCCGUGUACUCCAGGUAUUUACUUAUUCCCUUAUUUUACCAGAUAAGUUAACUGAGAACAUAUUCUCUUUUACAGCAACAACCUGGAUAAGAAUGAGACAAUUGGAAGCUGGGGAUGAUUAGGUGGCCAUGAUGGUAUGAGGGCCAGAUUGGGAAUUUAGCCAGGACAGGGUUAACAGCCCUACUCUUACGAUAAGUGCCAUGCCAUCUUUAGUGAUCAUAGAGUCAGGACACCUGUUUUAACAUCCCAUCUGAAAAAUGGCACCCUAUGCAGGGCAAUGUCCCCAAUCACUGCCCUGGGGCAUUGGGAUCUCCUUAGACCAGAGGGACUCCAACACCACUUCCAGCAGCAUCUGGUCUCACAUCCAGGACCAACCCUGCUUAGCUUCAGAGGGAAGCCAGCAGUGGGAUGCAGGGUGGCAUGCUGCUCGCAAAUAAAAUAUAAUGCUAUCAACUCUGACUGAACCCACUGUGAAAACACUGAUAUUCUCAGCUAAACAGAAAGGUCUCUACUCUGACUGAACCCACUGUGAAAACACUGAUAUUCUCAGCUAAACAGAAAGGUCUAUACUCUGACAGAACCCACUGUGAAUACACUGUUAUUCUCAGCUAAACAGAAAGGUCUCUACUCUGACUGAACCCACUGUGAAAACACUGAUAUUCUCAGCUAAACAGAAAGGUAUCUGGGUCUCUACUCUGACAAAGAGGAGGGAGAAGAAAGAACUUCAACUUGAAUUCAGUGGUGAACUAUGGGGGGAAUGAGGGGACAAUGUUUAAAGGUUUGUAAAUUACGAAGCGUGAGAAGAGGUUAGUUAGUUGUUAAUUAGGAAGAGUUUUAAUCACAGGAUUGUGUUUUGUGUUUAGUCUGGGUGAUGGGUGCUCCUUCCCAACCUGUCUGGUGAACCAGGAUCCUGAGCAGCCCACCUCUCCUGGACACAACCCCCCUCCCAACAAGACGUAAGUAUUCAUCUCCUGGACACAACCCCCCUCCCAACAAGACGUGUUUUCAUCUCUCACAGGAAGUCACUGUCCUGUCUACACUCUUCAUACAUUUGGUCCUUUUCCAUAAAGAUUAUUUUUGGAUACAGAUGUGAGAGAGUACUUUCGAGUACUUUUCUAACAGUCGUAUUGCUAAUAGUCCAUUGAAAUCCAUUAAUGUACUGAUCCUGCCUAAUGGUUUGUCCUGUGUUGUGCAGUGUUGUUGGAGAGAGCCACCAGUUCCCAGCCAAACCGCUGAGGGAGUCCCAAAGUCGACUGCUGAACAGCACCCUCUCCUGGACAGAGAACGGGGGAGCAGCGGACAAAGAGAGACUGGGUGAAAGCUCAACUAUCUGAUGGGAGCCGAGCAAACCCUAACCUUAGCUUCAUGUCCAGAUCCCGGUUCAACCCUAAACUUAGCUUCAUGUCCAGAUCCUGGUUCAACCCUAACCUUAGAUUCAUGUCCAGAUCCCAGUUCAACCCUAACCCUAGCUUCAUUUCCACAUCCCGGUUCAACCCUAACCCUAGCCAUAACCCUAACCCUAGCCUCAACCACAACCCUAACUCUAGCUUCAUGUCCACAUCCUGGUGAACCUUAACCCUAGCCAUGACCCUAACCCCAGCUUUAUGUCCACAUCCUGGUUAACCUUAACCCUAGCCAUGACCCUAACCCCAGCUUUAUGUCCAUUUUUUGUAUGUAUUUUUUAUUUGAAUGAGUACAAAUCAUUAUCCUAGGGCCAUUCUCCAAUAACUUUAGUAACUGUAUGCAUGUUGUUUUUCAGGCACAAGUAACCCAGCAAUGGCCGUAGAGAAUGAAACAUAACCACGGUGAGGAAUGACGACUUGUAUGUGGAAUCAUAGGUGAGUUGAAAAUUCAUCUCAACAUUUAACAAAUAUUAUUAUCCACAAAGCUUGAGGUAAAAACGAUAUGGUUUAUUUCUAAUGUGUCACGUAAUGCUUAUAUCCUUCAACAGGUCUAUGGUGAUCCCAGUGUUCAGCGUGCCUAUGACAAUGUGCAGUUGGGAUAACAUUACCAUAACCUGUCAUCUUUCUUACCAUAACACACUGCUGUAGUUAAUUGCUGCAUAGAAGGGCUUAGUUUAAUGUUGUUUUUGCUCUCACCAGUAUCAUUGGAAAUAGACGUAACAUCAUUGUUAUUGUUGUUUCAAGAGAAAUAA